AUGCAUGUUGGCGUCGGCAGUGUUAACAUUAACAAACUGAGCAGGCUAAGUAAUGUUUCAAUGCCUCGUAAAGAGAAAGCUGCGUACUUCAAUCUCCGUCGGUUUUUUCAGUUUGUUGGCAUUGCACUGGUGACUGCUGUCUUAUUUCAAUUCGCCAGCGGGGGACUCACCGUGACUACAUUAGUUCUCAAGACUUUUGUGUAUGUGUCAUUUCUUUUACUUUGUAUUCUCUUCGGAUGCACUGGAAUACUAUGUCAAGAAAGUCCAAUCAAGCCAAUCAACUUUGACACUUCUAACAACUCUGCGUACCUGUUGGAUUUCUUAAACACAAUACCAAAUGGGAUGCCAGUAUCACUGUCUGAAUCAGCCCAAUUGAGACGUGUAGUGGUAUCACACAAUGUGGACAAAGUUCUCAAGGAAGUAUUUGACUAUAGCUAUAGAGACUAUGUGCAGUCGUGGUAUGGUCGGCUGAGCCGUGACGAGGGCCAUCUCUACCAGAUGCUGUCUGAGGACUUCUGGGAGGUGAUCAGGCAGCUGAGGGGACGGCUUGCAGACAUCGACCUGGUGGACCUGGUGUGCAAUGACGUGGUCAGGACCCUUUAUGCCCACUUUUGUGACCUCAAAACAGCCAGCACAAGCCAUGAGGACGUACCUGUACCGAGGCCCUUUGCCCUGCACCCCUGCCUGCGCAGCCAUCAGGAGGAACUGCGCUUCCUACGCUGCUGCGCCCGCCUGCUGCUGCUCAGCCUGUUGCCUGGGCGUCAGGCUCGCUCCCCCACGCUCCGCCUGGUACUGUCGGAGGUCAUCGCCAUCAAAGUACUGUGGCCUCUAGUUGAGGUAUUCAGCGACCCUGACUACAUCAACCGAAUGCUGCUGUCUCAGCUGGAGCAGCGGGAGCAGCUGCUGGAGAGCCACAGGAAGGCCUACACCUACGCCCCCUCCUACGAGGAGUUCAUCAAGCUCAUCAGUGGCAGCACCGACGUGGAUUUCCUGCAGCAACUCAGGUACCAGAUUGUAAUGGAGAUAAUCCAGGCCACCACACUCAGUAGUCUGCCUCAGAUGAAGAAGCAGAAAGAUAACAAAGGGAAGGAUAAAGCAAUGAAGACCAACUUGCUGCGAGCACGGAACAUGAAGCGCUACAUCAACCAGCUGACUGUGGCCAAGAAGCAGUGUGAGAAGAGGAUCUGGCUCCUGGGGGGCCCCAGUUAUGAGGAGCCGGAGGACGGGUCGCCGGACGGGACCGAGGGGGCCCAGACGCCAAGGAUCUUGCAGUUCGAGGAGAUAAUGUCCAGGCCAGCAUACCGGGAGUACUUUCGGAUCUACAUGGGGCAGAUGGAUAAGAGUGCCUUCAUUAACUUCUGGGAAUUAGUGGAGAUCCUGAAGACUGCCAAUAAGAGUGAGGUCCCUUAUUUGGUGGGGGAGCUCUACCAGAUCUUCUUUGUGGAGAGCCAUGAGAUCCAGGUGGAGCGGGAGGUGCUGAGGGAGAUCCAGCAGGCGCUGCUGGGCGACAAGGGAACAGAGGUGUUCGUCCGUCUCCAGACGGAGAUCUACGAGGACAUGAGGGAGCGCUACUACCCCUCCUUCCUGCUGAGUGACCUCUACAACCGCCUCGUCCGCUGGCAGGAGCAGCGCAGUGGGGGUGGCACCCCCAUGCCCGUGCCAGAGGAAAGGGGCAACAUGAGCCCAACCAUGUCUGGUAGUAGAACAUGUCUGGAUGAGGGUCGUGUGAGCAUCAAUGAGCAGGCUAGCCAUGCAGCGAUGCAACUGCGCCAGCUUGCUGACCGGCUAGAGUACAAGCGCCAGGCCCUGGGCUCCAUCCAGAACUCACCCAAACCAGACAAAAAGAUUGUGGGCAAACUGACGGAUGAGAUCAGCACAAUGGAGAAGCAGCAUUCUGACCUCGAGGUUCACAUCUCCCGUGCUGACUGGUGGUGUACACACCUGGGCAUGUGGAGAGCGGCCGUCAUCGGUGCAGAGGCUCUAGAGGAGAAUGGGGAGCAGACAGCUUGUUUUUACAUAUGUGUGAGUUUGCCAGAUACAGACAACUCCACCCACAGUCGCUGGGCUGUGUCGCGUAAACUCAGCGAGUUUCAGGCUCUACAUCGGAAACUCAUUGAGUGUUUCCCUGUCCUGAAGAAGAUGCAGCUCCCCUCAGUCAGUAAGCUUCCUUUCAAGUCCAUUGACCAGAAGUUCCUGGAGAAAUCAAAAAACCAACUCAACAACUUUCUGCAGAAGAUCUUAUCAGAUGAGUGUCUGUGCCAGAGCGAGGCCCUGUACGUGUUCCUGAGCCCAUCGCUAGAGCACUUGAAGGUAAUGGACCCACAGAAGAAGGUCGGCUUCUCUCUCACAUCACUACUCGAGAGGCUGCCUGGAGACUUCUUCACACACCAGGAGGAAGAGGCAGAUGAUGACAGUGACUUAUCAGACUACGGAGAAGAGCCGGAGGGGAAGAGGGAGCUGCUGGCUGAACCGUUCUUCAUGUUGAUUGGAGAAAUCUUUGAACUAAGGGGAAUGUUUAAAUGGGUGCGGAGGACCUUAAUCUCGCUGGUGCAGGUUACCUUUGGACGCACAAUCAACAGGCAGAUCAGGGAGAUGGUGGGCUGGAUUUUUGGGGAGCCUGUGAUCGUCUACUACAUCAGCAUAUUUCGAGACACUUUUUGGCCUGACGGAGCGCGUGCUGUCCUCAGUAAUGAGAGGACGGAGUUGGAGAGGCAGGAGACCAGAGAUCAUGCCCAGAAGAAACUUUUGGAAAGUAUUCCAGAUGCCCUGCAGAACCUCGUUGGGCAACAGAACGCUCGCUUUGGGGCAGUCCGUGUAUUCAGUGCCCUUCAGGAGGUCAAUGCCAACCGCCACCUGAUAUAUGUCCUUCUGGAAAUGCUGCUAAGAGAACUCUGCCCUGAAUUGUCUGCUGAAAUGGACGAGCUGUAACACCACAUAUUCUUGUAUAACUUUUCCUUUUUUCCCUCUGAACAUAAUGACUGAUGUACUUCUUCACUGCCUUUAAACAAACAACCAAACACUUCUACAAAAGAUGAAUGUUGAGUUAUAUUUGUAUAUUUAUAUAAAAAAACUUUGUGUUUUUGUUUUUUUUCUGUUUUUGUUUUACAUUACGAUGUAUAAUUGCACAAUCUCUCUAAAAAGUAGUCUAAGUGAUAAUAGAACCAGAUUUUCAUUUUUCAUAAAUCUAUCGCCCUGUUUUUAAAUCAAUUAAAAAUAAAACAUGGAUUAUUUUUCUGUGUUCUGG